UAAAAGCUCAAUUUAAGGCAUAAUAAUGGUGACGGACGUGCAGCUGGCAAUAUUUGCCAACAUGCUUGGCGUGUCAUUGUUCCUGCUGGUUGUGUUGUAUCACUAUGUUGCUGUCAAUAACCCCAAGAAGCAGGAGUAGAGUCCCUCAGUAUGGUUGGAGAGGUUCAACACCUGUGCACCUGCUUUCUCCCGCAGGUGAGAUGGGACUCAGUGCCACCACCAUGGAAACAACAUUCCCCACUUCCAAGUCCCAAAAGAUGAAUUUCUUUGUAAGAUUGCACAGUAGUGUUUUUUCUAAUAAAAAUGUGUGAAUAUAA